AUGAACUCUGUCCCCGUGCCCAACGACUUUAACAACGUUCUCUACAAGCCCCUGGCUGAGGCUGACCCCGAGAUUCAGCAGAUUAUUGACAACGAGACUUACCGUCAGUUCACUGGUCUUGAGUUGAUUGCUUCGGAGAACCUGACUUCGCUGGCCACCAUGGAGGCGAACGGUUCGAUUCUCACCAAUAAGUACUCGGAGGGUCUCCCUGGUUCUCGUUACUACGGUGGUAAUGAAUACAUCGACCAGCUCGAAGAGUUGUGCCGCAAGCGUGCUUUGGAGGCCUUCGACCUCGACCCCAAUGUCUGGGGCGUCAACGUUCAGCCCUACUCUGGUUCGACGGCGAACUUUGCUGCCUUCACUGCCCUGAUUCAGCCCCAGGACCGUAUCAUGGGUCUUGGACUGCCUGAUGGUGGCCACCUGACCCACGGAUACUACACUGCCAAGAAGAAGAUCACCGCCUCGUCGAUCUACUUCCAGUCGUUCCCUUAUCAGGUGAAGCGCGACGACGGUUUCAUUGACUACGAGCGCCUCCGCAUUAAUGCCAACCUGUUCAAGCCCCGUCUGAUUGUCUGUGGUGGCUCGGCGUACCCUCGUGACUGGGAAUACGACACUAUUGCCUCGAUCGCCAAAGAGCACGGAGCGUACCUUAUGUGCGACAUGGCCCACAUUUCGGGUCUCAUUGCUGGUAAGGAGCAGAGGAGCCCCUUCGAAUACUGUGACGUGGUUACUACGACGACUCACAAGACUCUUCGUGGUCCUCGUGCAGGUCUAAUUUUCUUCCGCAAGGACCGUGAGUCUGACCUCGAGGCCCGCGUAAACGCAGCUGUAUUCCCUGCUUGCCAGGGUGGUCCUCACAACAACACCAUUGCCGGUAUUGCCGUGGCUCUUAAGCAGGCUGCCGACCCUGCCUUCAAGGCUUACGCCAAGCAGGUUCGCGCGAAUGCCAAGGCCAUUGGUGAGAAGCUGGUCUCGUACGGCUACAAGCUCCAGACCGAAGGUACUGACAACCACCUUGUGCUGUGGGACCUUCGUCCUAUUGGCCUCACUGGCUCCAAGAUUGAGAAGCUUUGUGACCUGGUGCACAUCACGCUUAACAAAAACGCUGUUGCCGGUGACACUUCGGCCGUCGUGCCCGGCGGUAUCCGUAUUGGUGCCAACGCGCUGACCUCGCGUAGCAUGACUGAGAAGGACAUGGAUGUCGUGUGCGAGUUCCUCCACCGCACUGUCCAGAUUGCGCAGGUGCUGCAGAAGGAGGCCGGCUCCAAACUUCUGAAGGACUUUAUCGCCAAGGCUACCACCGGUGACGGUGAAGGUCGCAAGAUGAUCCUUCAACUCGCUGAUGAUGUGAAGGCCUUUGCCACACAGUUCCCUCUGCCUGGUGUUCCGGACACGAGCGUCAUUAAGAAGCCUGCUGAUGCCCACUAA